AUGUUCCCAGCCAGGACCAACAGGCCUGAAGUUUCCGUGUGGCUGCUCAGUCAUAAGUCUGUGCGGCCUGUGGCAGAACGGGACAUCUUAGCGGGACGAUCCUGGGUCCGUGCCCGAGACAGACCCGAGGGGCAGCGAGUCCGCCACGGGCCACCCUGCCGCCCCACCGCUCCGCGGAGCGCAGCCCGCGUUGCCGUCAAGUACCUGCAAUUGCUGCAAAACGCAGAGCUCGCAGCACGACCUGCCGCAAAGCGAGGUAGCACGGCGCCACCAGCAGCGUGCUCAAGGCAGCGCCGCUCCCUGGGCGGGGCGUUGGUUCGCGCAGCCAAUAGGGAGAGGGGCCCUGUGGCCGGCAGUGGCUCUCUGGAGGCGACGGAGACGGAGGAACAGGGUCGGGACCCUCCCGCCAGGGAUGCAGCGCGGGGCAGAAAGCGGCCCUCUCCGGCUGGGGCCGGAGCCCUGCAGCCGGUGAAGCUGAGCCGGGCCGAGCUCUACAAACCGCCGACCAGCGAGGAGCUUAGCCAGCUGAAGGAGACGGAGGAUCUCUUCCACUCCAGCUUACUCCGCUUGCAGAUAGAAGAACUUCUGAAGGAGGUGACAUUGAAGGAGACAAAGAAGAAGAUGAUUGAUGCCUUCCUUUAUGAAAUUAACAGCCUACUGAGUGCCAUCCCAGAGACCCCAGAAACUGAGCUCACUGACCAGGCCUGGCUCCCCAACGGUGUGAAGGUCCCGUUCCUGCAGGUACCUUUCAACGUGAAGGGGAGGUUCCGCUUUGUGCCGCCAACCGAGCUGAAGGUGGUGGGCAGCUACCUGCUGGGCACCUGCAUUAAGCCGGAGAUAAAUGUGGAUGUGGUGGUGACCAUGCCAAGGGAAAUUUUCCAGGACAAAGAUAACUUGAAUCAGCGCUACCACCGUAAGAGAGCUCUAUACCUGGCCCACAUUGCCCAUCACUUCUCCAAGGAGAAGCUCUUCGGGAGUGUGAAGUUUGCCUACAUGCACAGCAACCACCUCAAGCCCAUCCUUCUCCUGAGGCCUCAAGGCAAGGAUGAGAAAAUGGUCACUGUCCGAAUCCAUGCCUGUCCUGCUCCAGAUCUCUUCAAACCCAGCCGCUUCUAUCCCAGCAAGAAUAAUAUCCGGACAGCCUGGUUCAUGGAGCAGAGUACUUCCAAAGAAGGAACCACUGAGCCCCCUACUCCACACUACAACAACUCCAUCCUCUGUGACACAGUGCUUUUGUCACACUUGCACUUCUUGUCUAGUGCAGCCACUGACUUCCCAGGCAUGAAGGAUGGCCUGGCCCUUCUCAAAGUUUGGUUGAACCAGCGGCAACUUGGCAAGGGUUUGGGGUGCUUCAGCGGGUUCUUGGUCUCUAUGCUGGUUGCCUACCUGCUGAUGAAACGCAAGAUUGUGAAGAUGAUGAGUGGGUACCAGGUGCUGAGGAGUACCUUGCAGUUCCUGGCCACCACUGACCUGAGUGUGACGGGGAUCAGCCUAGCAAAGGACGUGGACACCUCUCUGCCUGCCCUCGAUGACUUCCACCAAGCAUUUGAAGUAGUCUUUGUGGAUCCCUCUGGGCUGGUGAACCUUUGUGCUGAUAUGACUGCCAGUGCAUACCACCAGGUCCAGUUCGAAGCCAAGCGUUCCAUGGAGAUUUUAGAUGAUCGGAUGGUGGAUGGCUUUCAGGUGCUGCUCAUGACUGCAAAGCCCAUGCUCAGAGCCUUUGAUCAUGUCUUCCACCUGAAGCAUGUCUCCAAGCUGCAGGGUGCCUGCAAGAAGAUGCAGCUGCUGAAUGAGCUGAUGGAUCGGGGUGGGAACUAUGUGGCUGCAGCCCUUCCCUUCAUUGUCUCGCUGCUGGUCCGUGGGCUGGCUGGGAGAGCACUGCUUGUGGCCCACUCAUUGCCUCAGACCCCUGAGUGGUCAAUUGAUGCUGAGCCCCCAAGACACAAGGAUGUUGGGCCUCUGAUGUUUGGGCUGCUAUUUGUCCCUGAGUUUGCUGCCAGUGCACUGGAGAAGGGACCACAGGCUGAUAACCCUGAGGCCUCAGACUUCCGGACCUUCUGGGGGGAGAAAUCGGAGCUGCGGCGGUUCCAGGACGGCAGCAUCUGUGAGGCAGUGGUGUGGGAGGCCAACACUAUCUGCCAGAAACGCCUCAUUCCUGAGCAGAUCAUCAAGCACCUACUGAAGCUCCAUGCAGACAUUCCCGAAUCUUCCAUCUGCUAUGCUGGAGCCCUGCUGGAGUCAGUGAUCAGGACUGGGCAAGAGGCAUCUGGGACUGGUGAGGAGGCCAUGGUCAGCGUUGUCUGCUCCUACGAUGACCUGAGCCGCAAGCUUUGGAACCUGAAGGGACUGCCACUGACGGUGACUGCAGUGCAGGGUGUCCAUCCAGCCCUCCGAUACACUGAUGUCUUCCCUCCCAUUCCCAUGAAGCCCAUUUAUUCCUCCCAUACCCGAAUGAGGACCAAGCGCUUGUUGCUUCCCUCAGAGGAGAAGCCCUGCCCAGCCUACAUAGCUCCUUUGAAGAUUGUCUGCCACAUGGAAGGCAGUGGCCAGUGGCCACAGGACAAGGAAGCCAUCAAGCGCAUCAAGGCAGCUUUCCACCUCCAGCUGGCUGAGCUUCUCCAGCAGCAGCAUCAGCUGGUUUGCAGACCUGCAGUCACCCACACUGAUGUGUACAAGGAUGGCUAUGUUUUCCGUCUGCAAGUAGCCUACCACCGGGAGCCACUGAUUUUGAAGGAAGUGGUCACCCCAGAAGGGAUGCUGAAGUACCAGGACACAGAGGAAUCUCGGCUGCUGGAGCUGGAGACGUUGCAUCUGCCCUACCUAACCAGUUCACUGCAUGGGCUUCAGCAGCAGCACCCAGUCUUUGGUAGCACUUGCCGGCUGGCCAAGCGCUGGGUCAGUGCCCAGCUACUGAGUGACGACAUCUCUGAGGAGUGUGUGGAUCUCCUUGUGGCAUUUCUCUUUCUCCACCCAGCCCCUUUCAUUCCACCCAGCUCUCCUCAGGUGGGGCUUCUGCGCUUCCUCGACUUGCUAGCAACCUUUGACUGGAAAAACAACCCUCUGAUCGUCAACCUCAAUGCUGGUCUUACAGAUGCUGACUGCACAGAGAUCAAGCACAAGUUUGUGGCUGCACGCUCACGCCUCCCUGUCAUGUUCAUUGCCACACCCAAAGACCGGUGGAGCUCCAUGUGGACCCAAGAGCGACCCUCAGCACAGAUCCUGCAGCGUCUCCUUGUGCUGGCCUCGGAGUCUCUCCGUACCCUGGAGGAGCAGCUCACGGACCCACUCAACAGCCAUGAUGUGAAGAUGGUCUUCCGCCCUCCUUUGGAUUUCUAUGAUGUCCUAAUCCAUCUGAAUCCAAACCAGAUUCCUCGACAGCUGGAGAGUGUGGACCGGCCAUUAAAGUUGUUUUCCCGGGGCAUGGUGAAGAACAGUGCUGCUGUGAAUAUCCUCUUCCCUGUGGUGGAUUAUGACCCUGUACAGUGCUACCUCCAGGAGUUGAGGGAUGCCUUCAGUGAUUUUGCCUUGUUCUUCUAUGACAAGCAUGGUGGAGAAGUGAUUGCAGUUUUGUGGAAGCCCUUGAGCUUUCAGCCUCAGCCUUUUAAGGUCUCCAGCAUGAAAGGAAGAAUGAUGACAACUCUGAACAAUGAACCAGUCUGCAUUCCCAAUGUGGAGGCAAUUCUGGAAGACUUUGAGGUUUUGGGAGAAGGUCUGGUCAAAAGCGUGGAAGCUCGUACAGAGAAGUGGAGUAUCUGAGGCCACUGAGACAUGUCA